AUGGACAAGGAGAUGCAGUUUUACAAGGCUUUGGGUGGUGGCGAGACUCACCAGCCUUUGGGUCUGUUCUCCUUCCUCGGCAUGAUGCUGAACCCGUUCAGCUCCAGCAAGACGAAGGCCAACAUCAAGAAUACAUCGACUGCAGGAAACAUGAAAGGUGAAGGCUUCAUUGCUGGUGGCUGCUACGUGUUGAACAAGGAUGGCAGCCCAGCGUUCAGCUACCUUGAGGAGAACUUGGGUGACCACGCAAACCCGGAGGACGCUGCUGUAAUGAACAAUUUGCCCGGGCUUGUCAAGUCUCAGGUGAAACAGCCAAACCGCCUGCUCGCUGUGCGACGAGAGGGAAAUGGCAUCUCUGAUGCCAUCUGCCUGUCGUUGUCUGCUAGCUGA